GUUUUUUUGCCAGAUAAAAUGAAUUGUAGGCGUUUCUAUCGUCCAAACAUUAAUUAGUGAUCACAUUCACCUGUGUAUGUAUGUAUUGAAGCGGUGUCUGUCCCGCACAGCGCCCGGCGGUGUCCGCUCUCAGCACCGCGUCGGUUAUUUUUUCCUCUCGGCUGCUCAGGUCAGGUUAGCUAGCAGCGGCUGGUGGCCAUGGCUGCUGUCAUCCUGAAUUUUCCCACCCUGCAGGGUCUGAGGAUAUUUACACAGAAACUGUCAUGGACCAAAGGACGUGUGAGGUUUGUUUCAGGAGGAGUGGGAAGGAUAGAGAAGGUGCUGAUCGCCAAUCGAGGAGAGAUCGCGUGUCGUGUGAUGAGGACGGCCAAGAAGAUGGGCGUCCGCUCCGUGGCUGUGUACAGCGACGCAGACAGGCACUCCAUGCACGUGGCCAUGGCAGAUGAGGCCUACCACAUCGGCCCUGCAGCCUCUCAGCAGAGUUACCUGUCUAUGGAGAAAGUUCUGGAAGUGGCCAAGAGGUCUGGCUCUCAUGCGGUCCACCCUGGCUAUGGCUUUCUGUCAGAGAACACAGAGUUUGCUGAGGCGUGUAAACAGGAGGGCAUCAUAUUCAUCGGCCCACCUUCCUCUGCUAUCCGAGACAUGGGCAUCAAGAGCACAUCCAAACACAUCAUGUCAGCUGCCGGGGUGCCAAUCAUCGGUGGUUACCAUGGAGAGGACCAAUCAGACGCGACGCUCCAAGCAGAGGCUGCCCGGAUUGGCUACCCGGUGAUGAUCAAGGCCGUUCGUGGAGGAGGAGGGAAGGGUAUGCGUAUCGCCCGGUCAGACUCAGAUUUCAUGGAGCAGUUGGAGUCAGCCAGACGUGAGGCCAGGAAGUCCUUCAAUGAUGAUGUUAUGCUGGUGGAGAAAUUUGUGGAGGACCCCAGACAUGUGGAGGUCCAGGUGUUUGGAGAUCAGCACGGUAACGCAGUUUACCUGUUUGAGAGAGACUGCAGCGUCCAGAGGCGACAUCAGAAGAUCAUCGAGGAGGCACCGGGGCCUGGCAUUAGCCCUGAAGUUCGAAGGAAACUUGGAGAGGCAGCAGUCAGAGCAGCCAAGGCUGUCAACUAUGUAGGUGCAGGUACGGUGGAGUUCAUCAUGGACGCUCAGCACAACUUCUACUUCAUGGAGAUGAACACCAGGCUGCAGGUCGAACACCCUGUCUCCGAGAUGAUCACCGGGACCGACCUGGUGGAGUGGCAGCUCAGGGUGGCAGCAGGGGAGCGCCUGCCUCUCCUCCAGGAUGACAUCAUUUUGAGGGGACACUCAUUCGAGGCCCGCAUCUACGCCGAGGACCCAAACAACGACUUCCUGCCGGGGGCGGGGCCUCUUCUGCAUCUCUCCACCCCCCUGGCAGACCAACACACACGCAUAGAGACAGGAGUCAGGGAGGGGGACGAGGUGUCAGCCCAUUAUGAUCCUAUGAUAGCCAAGCUGGUGGUGUGGGGAGAGGACCGAUCAGCUGCCUUAAAGAAACUGCGAUACUGCUUACGACAGUACAACAUCGUGGGUCUGAACACCAACAUCGACUUCUUGCUCAGUUUGUCGGGCCACCCGGAGUUUGAGGCCGGCAACGUUUCCACCAGCUUCAUCCCCCAGCACUACGCCGACCUCUUCCCCGCUCCGAGAGCUCCCUCUGGGGCGACGCUGUGCCAGGCGGCCCUGGGCCUGGUGCUGCAGGAGAGGACACACACACAGGAGUUUGUACAAUCAUCCAAUGACCCUUACUCUCCGUUUGGCUCCAGCAGCGGGCGGAGAAUCAACAUCCUGUUCAACAGAAACAUGACGCUGCAGCUGGGAGACAAAAAGGUUGAUGUGGUGGUGACGUAUAACAAAGAUGGAAGCUACACCAUGCAGAUCGGCGAGGAGCUGUACCAUGUGACCGGGGACGUGGAGCUGGAGGACGGGGCCACGUUCCUGCACUGCUCCGUUAACGGGGUGAAGUCCCGCCCCAAACUGGUCAUCCUGGACAACACGGUCCACCUCUUCUCCAUGGAGGGCAGUGCCGAGGUGUCGCUUCCUGUCCCCAAGUAUUUGGCCGGCGUUGGCGGCUCUUCGGCUCAGGGUGGCGCUGUGGCCCCCAUGACCGGCACUAUCGAGAAGGUGCUGGUGAAGGCAGGAGACAAAGUGACUGUCGGCGACCCGCUCAUGGUCAUGAUCGCUAUGAAGAUGGAGCACACCAUCCGGGCGCCCAAGUCAGGCGUGAUCAAGAAGGUUUUCUUCAGCGAGGGCUCCCAGGCCAAUCGCCACGCUGCUCUGGUUGAACUGGAGGAGGAGGAGGCGGAGGAGGGGGGCAGCCCGUAAACACUGUCACACACACACGCACAGAGGCAGGAGAGAGAGACGGGACUAGUUACUGUAAUAAUUAGAGGUAAAGCGAGGUAAAACCAAACGGGCUCAGCACUAGAAUGAUAUUUGUUCAAAUUUGAAUCAGGACCUGAAACUUGACGGUGGCCUCCCACAUGACAAGAGCACGAGUGUGUUUUAAUGAGCCGGGGUCGCUGGGGUCACACACACAUUAUUUUCCCCCUGGGGACUCGGGAAGGCAGGUGGGAAGGUCCAGGAGAGAUUAUAUUGACAUGAAAGGUGACGGCGUCGCCUUUUAUGUGACCUCGGUGAAAGCAGCAGAACAGCUCGUAAAUGAAGCCGUUGAUAGAAGAAUAAAUGAGUUUCAUGGAGGGUAAACAGCAAAUCCCCCCCCAGCCCCCCAGCCCCGUCUGUGGAGGUGCAGCCUGUCGUCGUUCCCCCUAACGAGAGAUCGGCACAGAUCACCCGUGUAAAGUUGCCUUUCACACGCCAGAGGCUUGCCUUCGUGUUUGUUAGGAAGUUAUCUGUUGUCGUAUUUCCUUUUGUGUUUUUCUUUUUUAAUGUUUGGUAUCUUGUUUUUCUGCUGUAAAAUAGUGGAUCUCCAGCUUUCCUACUAGAUUUGCCCUGUCUUUUUUUUUUUUUUUUAGGGAUGCAUGAUAUUAGUUUUCCAAUUCUUUUGGCUGAUAACGAUACCGAUAUCUGCACAUAUUCUUUUUCACCCAAUUGCAGAGAACAUCAAGUGUCUCCUGUAGUGGAAUUAACAUUUUUAUUAAGGCUGGUCUUAUUGUGACGGACAAGUGGCAGAUGCACACAUAAAAUACAACGCUUUGCAAAUCAUAUGGAGCAUCAAGCAUAACAUAAUUAAAGUGUCUUAUCGGCCUGUCCUAUCGUCAAAAAUGUUCAUUUCAGGCCGAUACUGAUAUUUCAUUUUGAACCCUUUAUCGGCCGAUACCGAUGACGUGCUCAUAUAUAUCGUGCAUCCCUACUUUUUUUUGUCUUUUGUAAGUUGUGUAGUGUUAGUUGAUGUAUUUCAGUACUUAUGAGGCUGAUUAUUCGCUGUCCGCCCUCUUAUUCUGUCGAGGGAGAUCCACCUCCUCUCCUCCAGUGGCACCAUGCAGCCGUUCCCUCUGAGCGACUUUAUUUUUCUUUCUCACCUUCAUCACAUUUUGAUCUCUGACUAUAUAUUACUCGUGUCUUCCUUAGAUUUCCAAAUGGAUUCGCUGUUUUCGUUGUUGCCUUUUUCUCCGCCUGCUCUUUUCAAGCCUUGCUGUUAUAUAUAUUUUUUUUUUGUCACAGAUAAUAUUAUAUUUAGGUUUCAGAGGGGAACCGUGUCCAGAUCUUUCAUAUUGUUGAGUAUCUUGGAAUACGAAAAAAAUAAAUAAUAAUGUGAUACUUCCCCUGUGAAAAUGUUUCGAGCUUGUGUGGUAGACGUUCACCUCUUUCUGUACAUUCAAACAAAAUGAAAUGGUGCUUGGAUCAGGGCAGACUUUAGACUCAAAUUUCACAUAACAGGGAAGGGAGUUGAUCAUUAUGGGCUUUAAGGAGCAAAUAAUAAACUCAAUACGUAGCGGUUAUUGGUAACUUGACCCUGAAGCUUUCACAGUUUUCCCUUCAAUCAAAUUCUCAUUUGUUAUCAUGUUACCAUAGCAACAUAUCGUGAUGCUGUGCACCUCCUGGCCUUGAGAGGAAAACAGAUAUUUGUACCGAGGAUAAUGAUCAGCGUUGAUAGCACAAACCGUGCAGCCAUGACAGAGAAAACAUCACGAACACAUGAGAGAGGAGGCCGGGUGGCAGUGGAGAUUAUUCUCAUAGUUUGGGGGAAGUUUAUUUUUUAAUAUUGGAGUUUAUUGAUGUCAAACUGUUAAAGCACACGUGAUCGGCCCUGACAGACCGGAUCGUAGCUCUUUGCGCUUCACUUUGAAAAGUGUGGGAGGACGGAGCCGGUGAACCCUUGUUGCAGUGAUCAUCACGGCGUCGUGGCUUGUAAACAAACAGCAGUGAGGAGGAAGACACGAUGAGCUGAGGCAGAAACACUCCCAGGGCAGGAUUUUCUCAAAAAAAAAAAAAAGAAAUUGCACAAGCGCUCAUUUUAAUCUGCAUUUACACAGGAAAACAUAAAAAGAUGAGAUUUGCACCCUUGUUUCCCAGAUCUGACAGCGUUCCAUUUGUCACGGUGUGUGUGUGAGUCAGCAGCUUGGUUAGGGACUCUGCCUUGUAAAACCUGUGAACAUGAGCUGAACCUGCUGUGAGACAGGGAGCAGAGGGACGACUGGACCGCCUCUGUAACCGGAUCUGUCCUUUUUAAAGCUAAACCUGAAUAUCAGCUGUGAUUAAAGAAAGGAAUCAGGGCGAAAAGGAGUCCAGAUGUUUGAGCGUGGAGCUGAGAUGCUUUGUGGCACUUUCUGCUUACUAACUGUGUUACCGAGUCAUUACACUAAAAAACAGCCCAUGUCUAAACUUGUGUUCAUUUUUUGGCUUAUUUUGUAGAGGUAUGAAUACGAUUUUCUCUGUUUGUUUUGUAAAGAUGAUAUUGGAUCAAUCAGAUAAUAAAUGAAUAAAGUUUACCCAGAGUAAUGCA